AUGAGCGAUAGACCAACCACUGAGGGAAACGAUGUUAUAGCCUUGACCGAACGGGUUGCUACCCUCGAGCUCGAACUCGAUGCCUAUGCGGCACAUGCGUCUGGCUUGCAAUCCAGACUCCUGUCGACUCUCGAUACAUUGCAGCAAGCUCGCCUAGAGCAUGCCGAAGAACUUGAGGCCGCCAGGCGAAGAGAGGAAGUAUGGGAGUCUCGCGUCGCUGCUGCACGUCAAGUAGCAGCCGAUGCGGAGGCAGCGCAGGAGGAUAUGCGAGCAGGCGUACUUUUGCUUGUCGAGAAAGUCGAGGUCUGCAACGAUUACUCGCUAUGGCCACAUUCGGGGCUCCUAGCGACUUCUUUGGCCGAACCUCUCGCACCUAUGGCCGCGUCUACGUCUGCUCAAACCUUCAUUCCCCCAGACUCCUUCCGUUCUUACGCCAAAUCUAUGAUCAUGAGUCUACGUGCACAAGCAGACAGAGAUACGCGCAUGCGUGCUGAACUACAAAAGCGAGUGAAUCUACUGGAGGCUAUACUCGCCCAGCGAGAUCUUGAACUUGAGCUCGCCGCUGCGCCAGAGGCGUGUGCGCACUGUGCUCCCUCGCUGGAUGCGCAACGGCUGAGAGUAUCGAGAGACGAAGCUAUCCGCCUACUGGAAACUUCCGCGACGCGAAACAGGGCUCUUACUGAAGAGAUCGCGGUACUUGUGCAGCGACUUGAGCAAGCUCGCGCCGCUCGCAUACAAGAGGCAUCUCCGGAAGGCUCGCCGACGCUGAGCCUUGAACGCGAUCUUGCGCGUAUGUCUAUACCGCCGUCUCCAAAAGAGGCAGAGAAAGCACCGCGCAAAUUCCCUCGUCCGCCAACACCGCAUCACUCGCGCGUGCUUUCCUCGCCCCUUCAAUUGAAGGACGAGUUACCGUCACCUACACCCGCUCCACAUCCUUCUAUUCCCGAGGUUAUCGCGGGCAAUAUGGGUUUAGGCGCGCCAUUCAGCGCACCGCCCAACGACAUCCUGGCUUUGCAACGGGAAUGCGAGCGUCUCCGCAGUGAGCUGUACUCGUCUCAACAGGAGGUCGCUCGUCUUCGUACCUCACAGGGGUCCGCCUUCGCUCCUACCCCAUCGAUCUUCACGGCGCCUUCAGGACCAUCCCGCAUCACGGUACCUCCCUUUAGCGGCGUCACGACCGAAGAGCCUUCGCCUGUACUCGUAGAUCUUCUAACGGACUCCGACAACGGCUCCGAGAUGUCAAUGGACCUGGCUUCGCCACUUCAGCCCACCCUUACUAUGCUACGCGGGCAGGCAGCAGAGUCAGCUUUCACGGGGGACAGCAAUGCGCCUAACUCCUCCGAGUCACGCUCGUCGCGUCCGCUCUCGCCGCUUCUCCCGCAUUUGACCUCGACGAUCGCCUCCAUGCAAUUGUCCGACCCAGACCUCCUCUCGGCACCUCCCUCAAUGCAGAGAACCCAACAGUUCUCGUCCCCGUUCAUGCCCAUCUUCACAAUGCGGCCGGCACCCCCGUAUAACUCUACGCUUCUCAAUCCCGGACAACUUGUGGAUGACACGACCGAGCUCGAGCGCGUACGCGACGCGUUGGAUUCCGCGCACGCCAGAUUGGCAGUCCAGGAUCAAGAACUUGCCGUGUUGAGAGAGCAAUUGGCGAAUGAUGCACGCGGUCUGGGUGCAGGGCCGGCGGCGAACGACAGCGGGGAGUGA